AUGGGGUACCUCUUCGGGGUCCCCUCCAGCCUGGCCUUCUCUGUCCUCCCCGUAGUUAUCACUCUUUGCUGUGUCUUCAACUGCCGCGUGCCACGGACCCGGAAGGAGAUUGAAGCCCGGUACCUACAGCGAAAGGCAGCCAAGAUGUACACGGACAAACUAGAGACUGUGCCACCCCUCAAUGAGCUCACAGAAAUCCCUGGAGAGGGUAAGAAGAAGAAGAAGAAGGACAGUGUGGAUACAGUGGCCAUCAAGGUAGAGGAGGAUGAGAAGAAUGAGGCCAAGAAGAAGAAAGAAGGGAAAUGAGGAGAGCUUCCUGGAGGUGGAGGCUGGGGCUAGCUGGCCCUGGGGCUCAUAGUCCUGGCCAGAGUCCAGACAUCGUAGACUCCAAGCUCAUACAUGGACCAUAGAGGUUGCAGAACACCCUCUCCCUGCUCAGAGGGGGUUGCUGAGGCCCAGGACCCUGUCCUAGAGCCUACUGGGUCAAGGAUAUGACUGCACCAGGUGUGCUGCCUCCCAGCCUGGACUCCACUCCUUUCACCCCACCCACGUGGCCACUCAGCAGAGGUGGUCUUGGGCCACUGUCCCUCUGUAGAUCCAAAGUGGCCUCUACCCACCCAGACAUGCCUCUGUCCCCUCUUCUGCCAGGAACAGCAGUGGCUAAAGGGGUAAUGGGAUGUGGGUUUCCUUCUGGAAGGGGAUGGCUGACCUGGAUGGGCUAGAUGUGAGGCCACACCAGGCUGGCCAUGAGGAGGGAGAGGGUCACUGGGGGAAGCAGGGGCAGCAGAAGGUUCUUGGACUUAGCUGGAUAGCAGCUCUGGUGGUGAGGGGGCUGCCGCAAGCCUGGCAGGGGUUCUGGCCCAGGGCAGUGAGCAGAGGGAGACCAGAAGCAGAACCCCCAGCAUAGCAGAUACCGAGCUCUAAGCAAUGGAUACACUUGUCUUACACGCUGUGAUGCAGCUGAGGCUGCUGGAGGGCCUAGCAUGAGGCCCAUGGGCUCAGGGCUAGGGGCUGCAGGGGUGCAGAAGGCUGAGGCCAGUGGGCCAGAAAGAGAAGGGCCCCAUCUUGGGAAUCCAGGGAAAAUUUGAGAAGCCAAGGGGGACUUUGGGUUUUUCUGCUGGCCCUUUCUAGGUUCAGCUGUGGUAGCAGGUGUCAGGGCCCCAGAUCACUGCAGGGGGCAGUGAGGGAUUGAGGCAGCAACCAGCCUUCCAUCUGCUGAAUAUAACAGCACAGAGCUUCCUCUUACAUUCUUAACUACAGUGCCUAAAAAGAAGCACUGCUAGCCAGAAGGUGAAGGCUCAAACUUGACCUGGGGACUGAAUCCUUGGGGAGGGGAGAUGCAGAGAGGGGUUUCUAGAUGGCAGCGAACAUCAACUGAGGUACUCAGACCUGGGCCUCGAGACUAAGGAGACACCGGAGAUUUCUGAGCCAGGGGGAGUUGCUGUCAAAGCUCACGCUGCCUCUGCAGCCUGCAGAGAUUUGUAAAUAAAGCUGAGUGCCUUCUCA